AUGGAAUCAUUUUUUCGGACAGAAGGAUAUUUUGAUGACUUCAAUUAUGGUGAAUUGACUUCUACAAAUCAGCAAAAUCUAGUCAAUACCCGCAGAUCAGGAACUAUCCUUAAGGAUGGUAAAUAUGUCUACCAGCUGAUGAUGAUUCCUACUGACGGAUUUCUCAUGGAUAACAAGCCGCUUCCACCUAAUGUGGAAAUGGCUUUGUCCUUUGCACGUCAGGAAGCAUUGUUUUCGACAAUCAAAAUCAAGGACGAGAACCCAGACAUUGAGGGUGUCUUUGAGCUAAAAGACUGCUUUGCAAAAGUGGAAUAUGUUUCGAGUAAAGAUUUGCGUGAUCACAUCUCAAACAGAAACACAAUCACCUACAAGUACGAUGAUCUCACAACCAAAAUAAGAUCUAUUCCUCAACAUGAUCGCCGCGUCCGAUUAGAAAAUCUUGUUGGAGGGAACACUCCACUUUAUCUUUUUGCAGGAAUAACAAAGACGCCAUUGCUGCUCGGAAGCAACUCUUCCGAGACUAUCUCUUUCCUACAAAACAAUGUGAAAACAUUUGAUAUUUUGCUCAAUGGGAAGUCUUGUCAUGGAUAUCCUAUGGUAAAUAUCGAGUUCUUUUAUCCUAUCUAA